AUGGCCCAAGUUUGUGUGGCCGUCUCCCUUGAGAGAAUCGCGAAGGACUCCGAAGUCUUUUCGACUGCAUCCCCGGCUACAUCCGUAGAGACCUUAACGACUGCUCUGGAGGAGAACUACAAGGUCAAAAAAGUGUUGGGCCAGGGUAAGUUCGGACGAGUUCAAGAAGUCGUUCGAAAAGGAACCAAGAAAAGGUUUGCGGUCAAGGUCGUAGCAUCCAGCAAGCAGAGCGAAGACGAAGUACAGCUACUGGCAUCCCUGCGCCACGGAAACAUCGUGUGUCUGCACGAUUCGCUGGAGCAGGAUGAGAUGCUGUACAUUAUCAUGGAGCUCUGCAGCGGGGGGACCCUGAAAAGCUGGAUCGAAGAUCGACAGGACGAGCACCUGAACGUGCAGGUGUACACGGCUCCACCCAAGCGUGUUUUUGCAAACUGCAUGUGGCAGAUUCUCGAUGCCCUUAAAUACCUCCAUGGGAGGGGGUUCGUGCAUCGUGAUAUCAAGCUGGAGAACCUUCUCUUGCUGAAGGCUGGCCCAUGUCCGCAACUGAAGCUUGCAGACUUUGGCAUGGCAACGGAGUUUCAGAAAGGAGAGCUGAUGACCCAGCGAUGUGGCUCCCCUGGCUACAUGGCCCCUGAAGUCCUUCGAGGUGGCUACACCGAGCUUUGCGACCUCUGGAGUAUGGGGGUCGUGUUCUACCAGAUGGCCACAGGCAGGAGGUUGUGGCUUUUCACCCGGACUCAUGAGCAGCACUACGACCAGGUUCUGGCAGAGACCCCCCUCACCCUGAAGUCCAAUGCUCAUUGGAGUCGCCUUGGCCCUGGUGCUCUGGAAAUGGCACAAGAUCUCUUGAGCCUAGAGUGCAGCCGGCCAACGGCCGCGUGUGCCAUCGAGAACGACUGGCUGCGAAAGUACGUGCUUGGCGGCGAUGACCGGUGCUGCUCCAUCAGCUGA